CAUUAAAUUGUCCCACACAAACAAUGGGCUAUAGCGAAAAAAUUCAGAGAUUUGCGAUACUGCGCGGCUAUUUCUCAGUAUCUUCCAUGAACAUUGGCAGUUGCGUGUGGAAUUGGAUACACUAAGCUAACGUUCCAAGUUAUGCAAUUUGUUUGAAUAAGUGUCAGAAGAAUAAUUUCCCUUCGGUGUAGUAUCGCCACGGAAUGACGAGUUCAGUGCAAGAGACGCGUACAUAUUUGACCAUCCAGAUGCCAAACUAGUCCUAUAUAUUGAACUCGAAAAUGAGGUGGAGCUUUCGCAAGGGAUUCCUGAAGAUGUGGAGUACAUCAAGGACGAGUUGCAGAGCAUGAAGGCAAUCCUGAGAGUUGCAGACUCGAUGGGGGAGAGUAACGAGGAACUCAAGGUCUGGGUUCAGCAAGUAAGAGAGAUCGCCUACGACAUUGAAGACAUCCUGGAUGAAUACAAGCUUGACCUUGUCAAUGACCGUAGGCAUGGGAUUGAUGCUUUUCUAUACAAUGUUUGCUGCUUUACAAAAAAAUUGAAAGCUCAGCACCGGAUUGCUCCCAAAUUACGAGGCAUCAGAUCCAGAAUCAGCACCAUAUCUGCCAGGCGUCCAAAUUAUGACGGUAAGGGUACAAUCGAGGUAGGCCCAAGCUCCACUACCACAGAUAAUCCAUGGCUGGACGGUAGAGGGGAUGCCCUCCUUCUAGACAGCGUUGACUUGGUAGGUAUUGACGGAUCCAAAGUGCAACUGAUCAACUGGUUGGUUGAGAGAAACUCUGGGCGCAAGGUGAUUUCAGUGGUUGGAAUGGGAGGAUCAGGUAAAACUACCUUGGUGAAGCAAGUCUAUGAUAAUGCAAUUGUGAAGAAACAUUUUGAUAUACAUGUUUGGGUUACUAUUUCUCGUCCUUUCAAGAUAGAGGAGCUCCUAAGAAAUAUGGUACGACAACUCUUCGAUGCAAUCAGGAAGCCAGUUCCUAAACGUGUGAAUGAGAUGAAUGCGGUUCAUGAUCUGAAAAAGGUAGUCAAGGACUUCCUGCAGAAAAGGAGGUACUUGAUUGUUCUAGAUGAUGUGUGGCACAUGAAUGAAUGGGACGUGGUCAAUUACGCAUUGGCUAACAAUGAUCGUGGCAGUCGUGUGUUGCUCACAACGCGUAAUUCUGGAGUCGCAUCUACCUCCUGCAUAGAAUCUGAAGAUAAGGUCUUCAAUUUAGAGCCCUUACCUCCGGAUGAGUCCUGGAUUCUUUUCUGUGAGAAAUGUUUCCGGCAGAAACCCUGUCCUCCUGAAUUGGAGAAACAUUCUAGACGUAUUUUGGAGAAGUGCGAGGGACUUCCACUUGCAAUUGUAGCAAUCGGUGGUGUUUUGGCUACAAAAAGACGUACCAUUGCUGAAUGGGAGACUGUUUACCGCAGCCUUGGUGCUGAAAUUGAGGACAACAGUAAACUCAUGAAUUUCAAGGAAGUCCUUCUGCUGAGUUUCAAUGAUUUGCCAUACCACUUGAAAUCUUGUUUCUUGUAUUUAAGCGUCUUCCCUGAGAACCAUCUGAUUGAGAGUAUGAGACUGAUAAGAUUGUGGAUUGCAGAGGGGUUUGUUGAAGUCAAAGAAGGAAAGACACAAGAAGAAGUUGCAAAGGACUACCUUAAUGAGCUCCUGAAUAGAAGCAUGAUUCAAAUCGCAGGGACAACGAAUGACGGAAGGGCCAAAACAUGCCGCAUUCACGACCUUCUGCGAGAAAUCAUCAUUUCAAAUGCUAGGGAUCAGAACUUUGUCACAGUAGCUAAAGAGCAAAAUGCAACAUGGCCUGACAAGGUUCGCCGUCUGGCAAUACAUAACGCAUUCCCUAAUGCCCAGGAAAACAGGAAUGUUUCUCAUCUACGCUCCUUGCUUAUGUUCGGGAUGGGCGAUCCACUGUCCUGUUCACCAACAAAAACAUUGUUUCCAGACGGUUGUAGGCUGCUUAAAGUGUUAGAUUUGCGAGCUGCGCCUUUACAGACAUUCCCGGAGGAAGUUAUCAACUUGAAGCUUUUAAGUUAUCUUAGCUUGAGGGAUACAAACAUCAAGACAAUUCCAAGCUCUAUAGUGAAGCUUCAGGGCUUGGAGACAUUGGAUCUGAAACAUUCCCAAGUUUCUAAUUUGCCGGUUGAGAUCCUACAGCUCCGAAGACUUCGUCAUCUCCUGGUAUAUCGUUAUGAAUUUACCGCAUACUCACGCUUUCACUCCAAAUACGGUUUUCCGGCUCUGUCAGGAAUAGGAGCUCUACAAUCCCUUCAAAAACUCUGUUUUAUGGAGGUAAACCAUGAUGAUGCCCUUAUCAUAGAGCUUGGAAAAUUGGUGCAACUUCGCAGACUAGGCAUUACAAACUUGAGAAAAGAAGAUGGAAAGCUUUUGUGCUCAUCCAUCCAAAAGCUGACGAAACUACAUGCAUUGUCUAUUGUUUCAUCGGUGAAGGAAGAGUUCGUUGACCUGCAACAUCUUUCUUCUCCUCCUCAAUUGCUUCAACGACUAUACUUGUACGGGCGAUUAGAAAAGAUACCAGACUGGAUACCUUCUCUUCAUAGCCUGGUGGUAUUAUAUCUGAAAUGGAGCAGGCUGCCAGAUGAUGCGCUUGAAUCUCUUCAAAACUUGCCCAAUCUUAUUCAUCUUGAACUGCUGCAAGCAACCCAGGGAGACACUUUGCGUUUCAAGGCUGGCGGUUUUAAGAAGCUUAAAAUUCUAGGUAUAGAUAAGUUUGAAGGACUCAAAUGCAUAGAAAUGGAAAAAGGAGCAAUGCCACGUCUUGAGAAUCUGAGUAUCCAACGUUGCAAAUUGCUGGAGAGGGUGCCACUGGGGAUCGAAUAUCUGGCCAAGUUAAAAGUGCUUGAAUUUUUCGAUAUGCCUGAAGAAUUGAUUAUGACGCUUCUUCCUGAUGCACAAGGUGGAGAUUAUAGGAAAGUUGCAAACAUUCCAGAAGUUCAUUAUACCUACUGGAGAAAUGGAGAAUGGGAGGUCUAUUUCAUAGAGAGUUCAGGUGAGAGAGAGCACAACACAGUCAUAAGCAGCGAAAUGCUUCAAACUCGUUUUAAAUAACUGUGAAUAGCAAGUUUGUAAUAUUGUUCUGGUUUUGUCAAUAGACAGCAAUAAGGACCCUGCUCUAUUUUGCAAUCUGUAAAAUCAAAGGAUCAAUUUCGACAAAGAAUUUAUCCAGAAA